AUGCGGCCGUGGAAACAUAAGUUCGGGCUCCUUGUUGUCGUUCCUAGCAGCCUUGUGAGUAACGGUAAAUUCAACUUACUCUUUGACAUAAAACCAGCAAAAAUAUAUUUUGACGACGUUAUCCCCCCUUACGACCCACUUGUUGUACUGUGCAGUGAAAAAUCACCCGCAAAUGUCUCAGAACUGGUCACCUAUGAUACUACCGUCCAGUCUCCCAUGUCCGAAUCGCCCGAGUUCUCCCCACAGGAGCCUACCGCCACCACAGACCCCUAUCUCACUUCCAUCGGCUUCCCCUACGCCAGUCAGCUGCGUUUCUUUCCACCCGCUGCUGUUCCCUCCUAC